GAGCAAAAGGGAGAAUCGAAAGUAAUCAGAUGAUAAGAUAACACCGGCAGCAUUGCCACACGCUGUCUCGCCUCUACUACCGUUGCCAAUUCCUAUGCGACGGCAUACGCCAACGCUCUAUUCUCAUCCAGAGGACGAUGUCGGUGACGGCGACGAUGAGGCUGCGUGGGGUUCUCUACCCUCCGAUUCACCGUAUUCCCCUUCCUUCGCAUCAUCCAGCUCCUCCGGCAGGCUCAGAUCUCACAACUCCUUGCCAGCCCCUCUCCAACGCUCUCAUUCUUCCCUUAGCUCUGUGCCAUCUGCAACCAAAUAUCCAGAUUUGUAUUCACAAUUCCAACGUCGAUACCGAAAUACAGAGCCUGUAGACCCUCGAGACGAUCCAGAUAGCCACUACAACUACUUUCAGAAAGAUGUUGACAGUGAUGAUGAAGAUGCGCCUAGGUUGUUGGGUGCAGAUGGUCGAGAUAGGAAGCUGCUGCUGGGAGAGAACGACCCACAGAUUCAGGCUUCAUCUGCAGAGGAGCAAGCCCGUCUCGAGUGGCAGGUUCUUUUUGCCUCUGUUCUCGCUGGUGACGUCUUGAAAUCGGAGAAGACUCGAAUACAGCGGGUACUGGAGAGUUCUAGUGACAAACGCAACAACAUCAAUCUCAACAUAUGGCUAGGACUUCGUUCUAGCUUCCACGGUACUACAUUGGAGGAGGAGCGGAAAGCGGUGGAAGAAAGAAGGCUACGGGUUGUUGACCCAAUCAUCGACGAGGUUGUCAAGUUUCGGUACGACCCUCAUGAUGAUGACCCGGCGCUGAAGCAGGUCAGCGACCUUCUUGCGCGUCUCGACAUUGCUCAGUCUCUAUAUCCCCAUCUGAAGCAUUUCCACAACGACAAACCUAUCACCAAAGAACCUACUUUUCAAAAUCGGUGGGACGCCCUGAACACCUAUUCCACCAUCCUGACACGUCUUCGCGAUCAGAUAUCUCUCCUCCAGCGGUGGACAGGAAGCGAAAACCUCGAUGUCACCCAACCCAAUACUUCAGCUGAACAACCUAUCGGUACCAACGUCAAAUCCCCUUCCGGAGCUACAGAAAUCGCCGAUAGUUCCAGUUUCGUGGAAAGGGUACUGAAGGAGGAGUCAAUGCAGACUACGUUUGAAAAAGGCUUCCUUGGAAGCGUUCACGAAUUCAUCGGCGGUGUGCGAAGUGCACAAGUUACUUUUGCCUCCUCCUUCGAAAUCAUGAACCUACCAACCUUCGAGACGGAGGUUAGGCCUUUGAUUGCAUUUCCGACGAAGCUUGCUCAAGCCUGCUUGCAUCUCCGCAUGGAAUACGCGCAGAGCCUAAAGAAUCCCGAGGUCAUGAUUAUCGACCAGAUGACAGAGGAUCUUCGCCUUAGUAUUGGUCUCGCUUGUACGCUAAAACGGCAGUACGAAGCCUUUCUCGCACCGGACCCCAGCGGGAUGGAAGAUUAUGAGGACAGCAUCCUACAAGCUGUAACGCAAUUUUUUAGACUGAUACACUUGAAGCUAAAGAGUGGGGCAAAAGGAAUCAACGAGACGGAUAUUCUGGAGGCUCAGUGGCCUACGAUGAUUGACGUUAGCCUGACCGUCACCGGUGGCUCUGCCCGAGUCGCUGAACAGCUAUGCUCUACUACUAACCGCCUUAUGGUGCGAAUGAUUAACUACUUCGAUACACAAGUGCGCGUCCCCACGAGAGAGAAUACACAAGAACACCGCCACAAGCAUUCAGAGUAUAUGCUCAAUUCAGUCGACUUGAAUGCGUCCACCAAGUCGAGAGAGCAUAGUCCUGGCCAAUCAGAUACAUUCAGAGUCUCGUCCGACGAGCAAAAGGUUAACUGGUAUAACAAACUUCUGGAAAGUGUUCGGCUGCGAUAUCGCAAACUUCAACGUUAUGCACGAAUGCUUAACCAGCGUUUUACCAACGCCGCCGAAUACAGUCUCGAGGACAUCAUUAUUGACGAUUUCUUUAACUUUCUUUCAUCCGCCGGAUUUGUCCUUGUCUACACGUAUCAGUUCGAAGAAGAAGGAUUUUAUGUCGUUGCAUCUCCAAACCUCAUAGACAAUCAGGCAGCGAUAGCUCGCAUUAUGCAAGAUGCUUAUAAUCCCUCUGAGAUUCUCAGUGAGGAUAGACACGUGGUUUAUGGAGACGAGGAAGAGGUAGCAGGGAAGGAUAAGAGAAAAGGCGAAAAAGAUUUUCCCGCUCAAUAUCUGCUAGUUCUUUCACCCCGCGCAUCGUUUCUGUGGCGCGGCCAAAUCGUCAAAGUGCCUGAUAUUCCCAAAAUGGACCUUGCGCUUGAAGAUAACAGGAUGCGACUUAUUGCAGAUGGAGGCCUUCGACGGCUUACUCUCGCGAAAGAAGCGUUUGCACAGACGUUUGCGCUGGACGAAACGGGGGAAAUGACUGAGCAUCCUGUCAUACCCAUGAAAUGUGUUGCAGACUGGCAAGCCCAUUAUUCCGGCGUAGAUCGAGAGCUCCAGAGAAUGAACAGGUCUACGAUGCGGCUUGCAGAGUCCAUUGUCGACUCAGUUCACCACGUUCGCAGCACCAUGACGAUAACCAUGGGUCGCCACGAGCUAAUGGAGAGUUGGUAUCUUUUCGCCGCGGAACAUGGUCAACACGCACAAAGACACCUCGAAAAGUCCUCGUCUACCGGUUUCAAUCGGUUGAUGAUCAAGCUUGCCAUAUCUUGGCUGAACUUCAUAUGUAACGAUUGUAACCCUGACGAUCAGAAGACCUUCCGAUGGGCGGUGAAUGCCCUUGAAUUCACCUUCCAAUCCACCGUCCGGAACAUCCUGAACCUUCCAGAUAAGCAGUUUCAGGUUCUUCGCAGUGGAGUUGCACGAUGCAUGAUGCUGCUCACUGGGCACUUUGACAUCCUCGGCGCUAGAUCUAACAUUCUGGAGAAGGAGAAGCAGGAGCAGCUGGCCAAGCAGAAGACAGCUGUAACGCCACUUGACGACUUUCACAAGGUCUUUGCUCAGGACAAUGGACUUGGCACCAUUGAUGUGAGUGCUCGCAAGUACUGGGAGAAGGCGGUUCGUUCGCUACGACGUGUCGACGAAGAGCGUGAACGUAUAGGGGCAGGAUUCCACACCAUCGGCCGCGUUUUGGACGAUCAGAAACCUGAGGAUCGCUCACUCGUAUAUCUAGCCAAUUCCAGUUCCAACAUCGCAAUACGCUGGCAGCAAGGCAAGUUUAUUGGGGCUGGCGCUUUUGGCUCGGUUUACCUUGCGGUCAACUUGGAUUCGGGCUCUUUGAUGGCUGUGAAAGAGAUUAAAAACCAAGAAGUUGGCGUUCGCGAUCUCUACGCUGAGAUCAAAGAUGAGCUGAGCGUCAUGGAGAUGUUGCAGCACCCAAAUAUUGUCGAGUACUAUGGUAUAGAGGUACAUCGAGAUAAGGUUUAUAUCUUCGAGGAGUAUUGCCAAGGGGGUAGCCUUGCCGCAUGGCUGGAGCACGGCAGGAUCGAAGACGAGCUUCUCAUCCAGGUGUAUACUAUACAGAUGCUAGAUGGCCUUGCCUAUCUUCAUUCUCAAGGCAUAGUUCAUCGGGAUAUCAAACCUGAUAACAUUCUCCUCGACCAUAUGGGCGUGAUCAAGUUUGUCGACUUUGGUGCUGCCAAAAUCGUUGCUAAGAAAAGCGCUACGCGACGCUCGUCAGAGCAUCUAAAUGCCGCGGUGCCAGAUGGCGUAGGGAAGUUCAACAAUAGCCUUACGGGUACUCCCAUGUACAUGUCACCCGAGAUCAUUAAGAAUGAUAAACGUGGUCGACAUGGUGCCAUGGAUAUAUGGUCUCUCGGAUGUGUAGUGCUUGAAUUUGCUACGGGAAAGAAACCAUGGAGUAACCUGGAUAACGAAUGGGCAAUCAUGUUCCACAUCGGAGUCGCAACUCAGCACCCGCCGCUACCGGAGCCUGGCCAGCUCAGCGAGCUGGGCAUCGAUUUUAUCAAGCAGUGCUUGACCAUCGAUGCAAUGAAACGACCGACCGCCCUGGAGCUGAGGGAGCAUCCUUGGAUGCUUGACUUCCGGAACUCCCUCCUUCAUGAACAGGAACUCGAAGUGUCACCGGAUGAGAAUGGAGCAGUUGCACGACAAGCCUUGCUGAUGCAAGAGAAGCAGGCGGAAAUUAUGAAGAUGGCGUCGCCUGAGACAACGCCAGAGUCGAUCCUGAACGUACCGGGUAUACUCACGCCAGUUGAUUCUUCAUCCGAAGUUGAUUUUGAGUCACCGGGAUGAAGAACAUCGUUGUACCGCCGUAUUUAUUACUCCACCUGCAUUCUGUUCUCAUGUAGCACUCACUUCUGUACACGUUCUGUUUUGUUUUCAUUGCUUAUCAAGUUGUACGCUGCAGA